AUGAAAAGCUUCGACACAGAGCACAAUCCAUCGGCGGUUGAGUCCGGCAACACCGCCGUGAAGAACGUCGACGACGAUGGUCGGGAGAAGAGAACGGGGACGUUAAUGACGGCGAGUGCGCAUAUUAUCACGGCGGUGAUAGGAUCCGGUGUGUUAUCUUUGGCUUGGGCUAUAGCACAACUUGGAUGGGUGGCAGGAACCGUAAUUUUGGUCACUUUUGCCAUGAUCAAUUACUACACGUCCACUAUGCUCGCCGAUUGUUAUCGAUCGCCGGACGCAGAUCCCGGAACAAGGAAUUAUACUUACAUGGACGUUGUCCGAGCUUACCUUGGUGGUAAAAAGGUGCAGCUAUGUGGAGUGGCACAGUACGGGAAUCUCGUAGGGGUCACUAUUGGUUACACCAUCACUGCCUCCAUAAGCUUAAUAGCGAUUGGGAAAGCAAAUUGUUUUCAUGACAAGGGACAUAGUGCAAAAUGUUCUGUAUCGCCUUAUCCAUACAUGGCUGCAUUUGGGGUCGUCCAGAUUAUUCUUAGUCAGAUUCCUAAUUUUCACAAGCUUUCUUUUCUCUCCAUUAUCGCCGCAGUUAUGUCCUUCUCUUAUGCGUCUAUCGGGAUCGGAUUGGCUAUAGCCAAUGUAGCAAGUGGGAAAACUGGUAAGACAGAACUGACAGGCACGGUGAUAGGAGUGGACGUAUCUGCGUCUGAAAAAGUUUGGAGGUUGUUUCAAGCGAUUGGGGACAUUGCGUUUUCGUACGCUUUUACGACUAUUCUCAUUGAGAUUCAGGACACAUUGAGAUCAAGCCCACCAGAAAACAAAGUAAUGAAAAAAGCAAGUCUUGCUGGAGUCUCAACCACAACUGUUUUCUACAUCUUAUGUGGCUGCAUCGGAUAUGCAACGUUCGGAAACAAUGCACCUGGUGACUUCCUUACCGACUUUGGUUUUUACGAACCUUAUUGGCUCGUCGACUUUGCCAAUGCUUGCAUUGCUCUCCAUCUAUUGGGUGCCUAUCAGGUGUAUGCGCAACCUUUUUUCCAAUUUGUUGAGAACAAAUGCAACAAAAAGUGGCCAGAAAGCAAUUUCAUCAAGCAUGAAUACUCGUCGGACAUACCUUUGCUCGGAAAAUGUCGUGUCAACCUCUUUAGAUUGGUGUGGAGGACAGUCUAUGUGAUUUUGACAACAGUUGUAGCAAUGAUAUUCCCCUUCUUCAACUCUAUUUUGGGGUUGCUCGGUGCACUCGGCUUCUGGCCGCUAACAGUUUAUUUCCCGGUGGCAAUGCACAUUGCGCAGAAAAAGGUUAAGAAGUAUUCUCCAAGAUGGCUGGCCCUGAACCUCCUCGUAUUGGUUUGCUUGGUUGUCUCGUCUCUAGCCGCGGUAGGAUCCGUUGUUGGCCUAAUAGGAAGUGUCAAGACUUACAAGCCUUUCAAGAAUUUAGACUAG